AAAAGGCGAGAGAACAUAGUCCGCACAAGUAAACUAGACAUGAUUAUGAUAAAGAUCACUACGCGGAAAGCUACAAGUGCUUAUAAUUAGAUCAAUGACGUAAUUACAUCACAUCGCGAUGCAGGUGUGCGAAAUGACGUCAUAAUUAGGAUGCCUCGCGCAGGUGCGCAGGACGACAGCGACUCAGUUUAGUUUUUGCGCCAUUCUCGAAAGAAAGAAGAUUGGUAACAGCCGGAGGGUGAAAUAUUCUUCUCGGGAAGGUGCAUUACCGGAACUAGAGAACAUGUGUGACAGAACCUGACCUGAAGUUCCUCGGCUGCGGGAAGAUGGACAGAAUUUGCGGCGCAGCUGGCAUGGACGAGCCGGUACAGGUUGUAGACAUCACAUCGGACUCUCCUCCUCCACCAGAACGUGUAUCGUCUACCUCGUCAGAAGUUCACGAAAACUUGGCUCAGAAUGUCUGCUUCCGUCCUAAACCGUUUACAGUAGACUUCUGCAACGUGGAAAAGACGCAGGAAGAACCAACUAGGCACGGUCAUGCGUUUGUCGGUGAGGGGUUCGUCCAGCCACCGCCUGCUAGCAACCACCUGCACGGUAACUUCGUUAACUGUGGUAGAGAGUUUGAAAACUGUUCGCAAUAUCGUCCGUUUUACCCCGGCGUUCCUUGGCAGUCGUAUUUUCUCGGCGGGAACACCGUGAGCUCCUUCACGACCCUCGGGGCCAGGUGCAGUACGGCCCCGUCCGUUCGUCCUGCGGUCGCCGCUCACUCCCUGCAGAGCCCGUACGUCAGUAACCACGCCCGGCCGGUCCCCGUGCCUACCCCGCCUCCUGAGAGCGACGACAUCGGCUACCUCCGAGGAAACGGCUUCCUUCUCUCCGUCCCUUCCUUCCCAAACCUUUCUCCAGAAGACGUCGACAAAACUGGACAUCUUACUCAAGACAUUUCCCCGUCCAAUGCUACUUGUGUUGACCUAGAAAGCUUCUUGCAAAAAGACGACGAUUCGCGGCUGACUCCCUCCCCGGACGACCCCAACCCUCCGCCGUACGUUGGUGAGGGCUUCGGCGGGCGCCACGCCUUCCGCGGCCCGCCCGCUGCCGUCACGUACCCGACGCCCAAGCCCGAGCUGCUGAGUGAUGUGUUGCGGAGGGAGGGCGGCUCUCUGCCCGUGCCCGUGGCGAUCGUACGCCGACGCCGCCGGUCGAGCGGCAGUAGUUCGCUGUCAAGUCACGACGACCCAGAAGACAUUAUAGCAAAGAGACGUGAAGCUAAUGCCCGUGAGCGCCAGAGAGUACGUAACUUGAACACGGGGUUCGCCAAGCUGCGUCGCAUGGUGCCUUCCCUGCCUCCCAACCGCAAACCCAGCAAAGUGGACACCCUGCACGCCGCCAUGGACUACAUCCGGACCCUACAGUACGUCCUACAGGAGGCGAACAAGUCCCGGGCUGUCCCGCUGUCCCGUCCCGUGUGUUUCCCGGCGUUGGACGGUGUCCCGGGGGACAACGUCACAGUUGUGUACGGGACUCCAGGGGAACAGGUCAACAUGCCACUGGACCCCGGCCCACUACAGGUCCAGGCAGUUGCCGUGCCAGGAAUGGAGCAUUUCUUACUACAGCACAACAACCGGACAGAGGGCGGUUCAAACCGGCAUGGGGAGCAGAUGUACCUAGAACCCUUCGCACUCAGGAACGUGGAAAGACAGGUUAAUCAGAAUUCUUUACCGGCGCCGGUUUUCUACAACGAGCUGAGCAUCGGCCACACGGCAGAGGUGCAGCCUGCUUAACAUAACGGAAACUGUACAAGCAAGACGAUUUGGACGAGAAGAAACAUUCCCAGUAUUCACUGCGAAGCAUUCGUUGCCUUGACGACGUCCAGGAACCACGCCCUAGAAAAGUCUAUUUGACGUAAUUAUGCUAAAGAGGACUAUUUACUAUGCAGUUAUGACAACAAAGGCAAAAUUGCCCCUUUGUUUAUAUUUAACUUUAUGCAGAAUUUAUUUAUGACGUUUCGAAGCAAAUAUAAGGUUUCGACUCUGUUGUAUGGACAAUAAGUCAGAACUUGCAUUGUAUAACUUAAUGAAAUGUAGCAAGGUAGACAAAAGACAGUAUUUCCGUCCAUGAUUUUAGUUGUUUUGCUUUUAGUUCUGUUCACAGUUUCGUUUUGUUUCUGAAAAUAAUGCAAAAUUAGUGUUUUCGUUCGUCACGUAAA